AAAAAAGAAAAAAAAAAGAUAUGGGCAUGAUCAUGAAGAAGCCUGUGAAAUACUUUCUGGUUGAUGCAUUCACUGAGUCAGCCUUUAAAGGGAACCAAGCAGCAGUGUGCAUUCUUAAAGAGGAGCACGAAAGAGAUGACGCAUGGCUUCAGUCUCUAGCCGCCGAAUUUAACGUCUCCGAAACUUGUUUUCUGACUCCGAUCACUGGUCUCGAUGCUCGCUUCCGUCUCCGUUGGUUUACUCCUUCAGUCGAGGUGGAUCUUUGUGGUCAUGGAACUUUGGCAUCUGCUCAUAGUCUCUUCUCAAAUGGUUUGGUUGAUUCAGAUAAGGUCGAGUUUGUAACACGAUCAGGGAUUCUUACAGCCGAGCGUGUUCAAGAUAAUAGUAAAGUGAGAGUGAAAGGAGGAUCCUUCUUCAUCGAAUUGGAUUUCCCUGUGAUUCCAACUUGUGAGUACAGCUCCAUUUAUGACAUUGACACCUCCAUGUUUUCCAAAGCCUUAAACGGAGCAACCGUUGUUGAUGUCCGACGAACCACGACUAAUAAUAAAGUUAUCUCAGAAGACUUUUUUAAUGGAUCUGCAAAAGCAAGUUCAACCGAUAAAAUCAUUGUUGUGCUUCAAUCUUGGGAAGCUGUCACUGAACUGCAACCAAGAAUGGAUGAAAUCUCGAAAUGUCCCGGAAAAUUGAUAAUUGUUACAGCUGCUGCUCCUGAAGGAUCUGUCUAUGAUUUCUGCAGUCGUUUCUUUUCUCCCAAGUUAGGGGUCGACGAGGAUCCCGUAUGUGGAAGUGCACAUUGUUCAUUAGCUCAUUACUGGAGUCUCAAGAUUAACAAGUGUGAUUUCGUCGCUUACUCGGCUUCGCGUAGGAGUGGAACACUCAAGGUUCAUUACGAUAGGGAGAAGCAAAGAGUGUUUCUCACUGGAAAAGCUGUGACUGUGAUGAAAGGCUCCGUUUUAGCAGGAUUCUUGAGCCAUUCGGGUUUAGUGUUGGCCUACGAUCGUAGUUUCUGCUCCAUUUUUGUUUGUGUAGGAAAGAGUUGUCUCCUCUUGCGUUUCUCAGAUGGCUCGUUUACCACCAGCUUCAUUACGACCAUCGGUAUUGAUUUCAAGAUAAGGACCAUUGAGUUGGACGGGAAGAGGAUUAAGCUGCAAAUUUGGGAUACUGCAGGACAGGAGCGGUUCCGUACAAUCACAACAGCAUACUACAGGGGAGCUAUGGGAAUUUUACUUGUGUAUGAUGUUACAGAUGAAUCAUCUUUCAACAACAUCAGGAAUUGGAUCCGUAACAUUGAGCAGCACGCCUCUGACAAUGUCAACAAGAUUCUAGUGGGGAACAAGGCUGAUAUGGAUGAAAGCAAAAGAGCUGUGCCAAAAUCCAAGGGCCAAGCUCUUGCAGAUGAAUAUGGAAUCAAGUUUUUUGAGACCAGUGCCAAGACGAAUUUGAAUGUGGAGGAAGUUUUCUUUUCAGUUGCUAAAGAUAUUAAGCAAAGACUUGCAGAUACUGAUGCCAGAGCUGAGCCACAAACAAUCAAGAUCAACCAAGCUGACCAGUCUGCUGGAACGUCCCAAACUACGCAAAAGUCAGCGUGUUGCGGUUCUUAACAUACUGAACGUAAAGGAGAAAGAAAAAGAAAAAAAACAACAACAACGAAGGAAAAAAGGCGAAAUUUAUUGUUUCUUUGGUUAUUUUCGUCCCUACCUAACACUCUUAUUAAAUGUGACUGACACAUAUAUUUCAAAAGUGCUUCUCGAGAGACACAAUUCAGCUUUUUCAGUGAAAAAGAAAUUAUUUUAUUAAUACAGAUCACUUAUAAUUACUAUGUUAAAGCAAAUGCAAACAAUGUCUUUCCCUUUUUUUUAAUAAACAUGUAAAUCAAUAUUACAUCAUCCCUACCA